AUGGAAGACGAAUUAAUAUGGUAUUAUGUAGACACAAACGAAUAAGAGCCAGAAAAGUAAACCAAAGGACCUAUAUCAGUAAGGGAUAUUGAUGUUAUGCUAAGAACUAGUAUCAUAACUUCGCAUACAUUCGUUUAUAAGGAAGGAUUCACUGAUUGGAAACCAAUAUUUUUAGUAGAAGAGUUAAAAUUCUUUUUAGAUGAAUAAGAGCAUGAAAUGGUUUAAAUUACUUGUGGUAAAGAUAUAAAAGCAGAAGAAUAAUAAGGAUAGCAAAUUUAAUAAUAGGAUGAAAAAGAAAAAGAGGAAGAGGUUGAAGAGCAGGAAGAUGAUGAAUCAUUCUAAUAAUUGAAUGAUGAAUAAAGAGUGGAAAUUUUAAAGAAAAAAAUAGAGAAGAAUAGAAAAAAAUCACAAAAAGAAAAAGAAAAAAAAAAGAAUUAAUGGUACACACCAAAAAUAAAUACAAAUGUAUAUGUUGAAGGCUUACCAUAAGAUAUUACUAUGGAGGAAAUGAAGGUAUUUUUUAGCAAGGCAGGAAUUAUCAGAAUAAACCCAGAAACCUUAUAACCUACAAUUAAAAUAUAUAGAGAUUAAAAUGGAAAUUGUAAAGGUGAUGGAUUGAUUUCGUAUAAAAUGGUUGAAAGUGUAUAGACAGCUAAAGAAAUGUUAGAUGGACUUCAUAUUAGGCCUAAUGUUAUUGUCAAAGUAACUGAAGCAGUGUUUGAAUAAAAGGGAUAAUAUAGAAAAAGGGAGAAUAAGAAAGUUGAUAAACUCUAAAAGGCAUUAGCUAGACAAAAAGAAAUGACACAAUUGGCAGAGGAAGGAUAGGAAGAUGAUGGAAAAGGACUAAAAAUAUUGAUAUUUAAGAAUUUAUAUAGUCCUACAUAAGCCUAAAAUCCGGAAUUUAUGAACUAAUUAUAUGGGGAAUUAUUGUUGAAAAUAGAGUCUCUAUAGAUAUAUGUUCAAAAAUUAGAGUUCUUCAAAGAUCAUCCUUAAGGUGUGGCUAAGGUUAAAUUUCAUUCUGCGUAUGAUGCUGAGAUCUGUUUAUCUAAUUUGAGUGGAAUAGAAUUCAAUCAAAGAAAUAUAAAUAUAUAAUAUUGGGAUGGUAGAUAAAAUUUCAAAUCCAAUAUUGAGAGUAAGGAAGUUGAGGAAUAAAGAUUAGAUGAAUUUGGUUAAUGGCUAGAAUAGUAAGAAGAUAGUGAUUAAGAAGAUAAGUAUAAUUAAAUUGAAUGA